GUCACAGACUUGUAUAUAAUCCAGCUCGCUUAUUAAAGCAAAUAAGCCGCUGCGAGUGGGACACUGCGACGGGCGUUUCGGAAGCGUUCAAGUCAUGUCCUCGUUUGCCGACGCGUUCGUGCAGCCCGGUGGCGAAUCGCGCCCCGCCGGGUCGACUCGUCCCUUCGACGAUGAUGGCUACUUAGGCUACGACCCCCGCCUCGCAUCCCACCGCUUCGACUCGUUCUCCAAUUUCGCCGAGUCGGAAUCCGUCAAGGACUCGGUGGGCGAUUCGCCGAUCUUCAACAGCUCCUCGUACGUUGCCGGUGACGACGUGUUCGUGUCGCAGCCGGUAACGGACACUCCGUCUCCUCCUUCGAUCUAUGCCGCUGGUGGAGGAUUCUCAUCGGAUCAGCCCGAGUUCUCGACGUUCUCGCCGGAAGCGAACGGGAAGGCUUUUGAUGGAGGGUUUGGUGGAAUGGACGGUCCGAUUUUGCCGCCCCCGUCGGAGAUGCAAUCUGACGAGGGUUUUGCUCUCAGAGAAUGGAGGAGGCAGAAUGCGAUUCAACUGCAAGAGAAGGAAAAGAUGGAGAAAGAAAUGUUGAGCCAGAUCAUAGACGAAGCAGAUGAGUACAAGAUUGACUUCUACAGGAGGAGGAAGCUUACCUGUGAAACUAACAAAAACACAAACAGGGAAAAGGAGAAGUUAUUCGUGGCCAAUCAAGAUAAGUUCCAUGCUGAGGCUGAUAAGAAUUACUGGAAGGCUAUUGCUGAACUCAUUCCUCGUGAGGUUCCGGCUAUUGAAAAGAAGAGGGGGAAGAAGGAUCAGGACAAGAAGCCUUCUGUAAUUGUCAUCCAAGGACCAAAACCCGGAAAACCUACUGACCUGUCGAGGAUGAGACAGAUACUCUUAAAGCUGAAGCACAAUACACCAGCCCACCUGAAGCCUACUCCACCGCCAGCUCCAGCCCCAGCCAAAGAUCCUAAAACCAGUGGCUCUGCUGUUGCUUCUGCACCCCCAAAGGCUGCAGCUGUUUCUCCUGAGGCUGUAGUUGCUGCUUGAUGGUUUUGCCGUAGCCAUUGUUCUUGUGAUUGUGAAAUUCGGCUGUAGGAGAUUGCCCUUUUCAGUUUGUUGGAAAUUAGUCCCUUUCGGAUUUUCAGUUGGGUAUGUCCAGAAGUCUAGUUUUGAUCCAAAUCCCACCUGCCUCUUGCCCGUAGGGCUACUCUUUACCUUCUAUUAAAAAAAAAAACCAAAAAUAUAAUUGUGAUAGGUUGCAUUAUGUUGUUUAUUUAUGUAUAAAAACAUAAUUCUCCAGACAGGGUUUUCGUGCUGGUUUAUCAUUAUUAUAGUAUGAUAUAUUGCAUUUUGGUUUCCUCUUAA